CGCACCGCUUCGCCUCUGUCGGGCUGUGCCGAGGGUCUCCCUCGUCCCUCCAUCGAUGUCCUCUGCGUCUCCCCCGCAUCGCCUCGCUCUUUCCCCUUCGAAAUAUGCGAACGCAGCCGCUCGACCGCGGGCGAGUGUACUUGUGAGGAUGUCGUGGCGAUGUCGUCCGCGCGCGUGGGCGAGCCUUCUGAUUUGUCGCUCUUGCGCUUGUGCGCGAUCUUGCGGAGGUAGUGGAACAUGGUGGGCAGAGUCAAGGUGGGUCGUUCUGUACACCCGCGCCCCAGGAUCUCCUCUAUAUACGUUGCCGCGCCAGGGCUGCGUGCUUAGCGUCCGGGCGGCACAAUACGAAAGGGGCGCUGUACAGGAAUGUGUAACGCUCGCUCUGCCGGCUUCGCGCGGGCUUCAAUGCUGUGCUCGGCGAACCGACCUCGUCCAGUGCAAUAUCAACCUCAAACGUAACGUAUUCCUCGAUUUGGAGUUAGAGCGGCUGGCGCAUAGUGACUCAUGAGGCUCGUCCACUGUGCUAUGUCCGAAGGUACUCUCGCUGCGCACGGCGAGCAACCGGCGACUGCGGCAACAUGCCGACGCUUGCGGUUGGCGAUCCUCCCAGCCGAUGACGAUGUCACGAUGACUUCCGUCUGUCGGCCACUGGGGAUGAUCCCAGAAUAUGCACAUCAGUGCCGUCCGUAUCCCACUGACUUCG